ACUAAACCUUCUUUACCGAAUUCAACAAAACCUGAAUUAUGGAAAAAAUAUCGAAUAGACCUUUCUGAAUAUUUGGAGCAUUCCAUGUAUUUAGAACCUAUUUGUUCUGAACUAUCCCUUAUCGAUAUUUUAAUAUCGGAAAAUCCCAGUAAUGAUGAUGAAGCCGUAAUCAAUGAAUAUGCAAAAACAAUGGAGGACAGUAAAAAUACAUCCAAAACUAAGCUUUCUAAGGAAAUAGACACAAAUCCAUAUGGCUUUUACAAAAAUAAAAGAAAGAAGAGUCGUAAUAUGAGAUUUGCUAGAAAUUUGCUUGCUGAACAAGACA